AGUGUGAGUUUGUUUACAUAUUGAUCCCUCCUGCAAUUCUAGAAUUAAAUAUUUCUACCUUAGUCGCAGAAGUAGUGCGAGCUUUUCUUUUGUUGAGUAAAUCUUCAUUUAUCUCUCUCUUUCUUGCCGCGCUCAGUUGUGAUUCAUUUCUUAUUGUGAUUUUGUUUGGAGCUGAAGCUAAGUGAUUCUUUAAACAUAGUGAAAGUUUUUUAAAAAAGAAGUUUAUAAAGAAAUUGACCGAGAUUGACAGAGAACUGUGCAGAAAUGGCAAAUAUAUUGAAGGAAAGGUCUCCGUAUUCUAAUUCAUUGCAUCGAAAGACACGUGGAUGGAACCGAACAUUAUUAUUGACUGGAAUAGCAACGACAAUUGGCAGUGCUAAUGUCGCUGGUUACAACAUUGGAGUGAUCAAUGCUCCAUCGCAAUACAUAAAAGAGUGGGCGAACGAGACAAUAUAUAAGAAUUAUGAUGUCAUCUUAAAUUCAACUCAACUUGACCUGCUUUGGUCUUUUAUUGUGUCAAUAUUUCUUGUUGGUGGUGCUGUCGGUUCCCUUGGCGGUUCAUACAUUGCAGAUAGAAUAGGAAGAAAAGGUUCUUACCUCACUUGUGCUGUUCUCUUCAUCAUCGGAUCAAUAUCAUUUCACUCGUGUCGGACAUUUUCUUCGGUAGAACUCUUGAUCUUCGGUCGAGUGUGUGUUGGCUUAGCAUCAGGCAUUACAACAACAUGUCUUCCAAUGUACUUGUCAGAAAUUGCGCCACUUCACCUUCGCGGAACUCUCGGAGUUUUCUGUUCAAUGGGAGUAACUGGAGGUGUUGUUGUUGGUCAGGUUGUGAGCCUUCAGGAGAUAUUUGGAACUCCUGAUUUGUGGCAUUAUUGUCUGAGCUUUCAACUUGUGUUCUUAAUCAUCUUUACAUUGCCUUAUCGAAUGUUCCCAGAAAGUCCAAAAUAUCUUUGCCUUAUUGCAAGCGAUCGAACAGGAGCACUGCGUGAGCUCAAAAAACUUUGUGAUGAUCAAAACAUGGCUGAUGAAGAAUUCGAAGCAAUGGAACCUUCAAAUCAAACUUCAGAAGAACAGAGAGGAGUCAUUUCAGUGCUUCGAGAUCAUAGAUUGUUGCUUCCACUUAUACUUGUUUGUUCAAUGCAAGGUGGUCAACAAAUGUCGGGAAUAAACGCUGUGUUUUAUUAUUCUGUGUCAAUAUUCCAAUCAAUCGGCUUUAGUUCAACAAAUGCCAAAUGGGCAAAUCUCGCUGCAGGCUGUCUCAAUCUGUUUGUUAGUUUCUUCAGUCCCGUAUUGAUGGAAAGAGUGAAUAGACGACCUCUCAUGUUGACAUCUUGUUGUGGCUGUGCAGUGUUUCUUUUCUUACUCAGCAUAUUUUAUAGCUUUGCUGAAAGUUUAUCGAUUUUACCAGCAAUGUGCGUUUUUGCCAUGCUUGGUUACAUUUUAGUGUAUCAAAUUGGACUUGGUCCUAUUCCGUAUUUUUGUGGAAGUGAAUUAUUUGAAGUUGGCCCUCGACCAGUUGCAAUGUCAAUGGGAAGCUUAUCAAGCUGGUUUUGCAACUUCACAAUUGCAAUGACUUUCCCAACACUUCAAACAACGAUGGGUGCCUCAGUCUUCUUAAUAUUCUCGUUGGUUUGUUUAUCGUUGACAAUUUUCCUUAAAUUCUACAUGCCAGAAACUCGAGGGAAAAGCACUUCAGAAGUUGCACGUCUAGUUGACAAUGGUUUUAAAUCACGUCCACUGGAAGUAAACGCAGAACGAGUUAACGAAUUUUAACAAUAUAAUUUCUUGAUCAAAUUUUAUGACCUUUUCUGAUGUUCAGUCAUCAAGAAAAUUUAUACUUUGAAUUAUAGUAAAACUUGAAAAGUUAUUAGCUUUCUUUUAACAAUUUUUAUUGUCGUACGAUUAGAAUCAAAGAAUUGUGAAUCAAAUUAAUUUUACAUCGAAUAAUUUUAGCUUGAAAACUGCCACAAUUUGAACAAAACUACAAAAUGGUUGAAUAAAUAUUUUAUGUUUUCUUUUACUUAAAUAAAAUGCAAUGUCAUUUUCGAACAAUGAAAGUGUUCAACAACUAUUUCUAAGAUUUUAUUAAAUUUCGAAUCGAAGGUUAAAGGUUUACAUAUUUAGAAUAGCAAAUGAAAGAAAAGGUGAAUUGUCGAAAAAUUAUGAAAAAAAAUUUCAAAUCUUUUAAUACUGCAAGGUUACAUUUUUUUGUUUAGAUUUAUGAAUUAAUGUAGAUAAAUAUCUAUGAAAUAAAAUGAACAAAUUUCCAAAUCUGC